UUUUGGAUUUGUAUUAGCGAGAAUUUGUAAUUUCGACCUUUAGCCUUUGUCAAGGCCACAAUGUCGGUUCAAGCAAAGAGAUUAUAAAUAUGCUCCUUUACACGCGACAGCCAGCAUAUUUACAAACGGAGUUGCAGAGUUGGUUUCCUCCUUCUGCAACAGCCAGCAUAGUUACAAUUUACGAACAGAGUAAUUUCGCCUCCCAGGUCUUGUCAAGGCCUCCUAGACUGAGUCAACCUCCUCCAUCAGCCGCGGAUUCUUCGUCCUCUUAUGCGCCAUUGUAUUUUCACUUCUACAGCCGAUACGAUGAUGCAACAUCAGAUGGAAAGGAAUUAACUCUUGAAGAUUUUGAAAAGAAAAAGAAAAAGGAAGAAAAGGCUAGAGAGAAAGAACUGAAAAAACUCAAGGCUGCACUAAAAGUGGAAGCAGCAAAACAGGCACAAGCUGCUUCCAAUGUGUCAAAGAAGGAUAAGAAGAAGAACUCAAAAAUGGAGGGUGAAGAGGAAAAUUAUGAAGAUUUUGUUGAUCCAGGGACACCCCUGGGAGAGAAGAAGCAGCUCUCCCGUCAAAUGGCAAAAACUUAUAGUCCCAGUGCUGUAGAGAAAUCGUGGUAUGCAUGGUGGGAAAAGUCCAAUUUCUUUGUUGCUGACCCAAACAGCUCUAAGCCAGCUUUUGUGAUUGUCUUGCCCCCACCAAAUGUGACUGGCGCUCUCCAUAUAGGACAUGCACUUACAGCUGCCAUCCAGGAUACAAUUAUUCGUUGGCGGAGAAUGUCUGGAUACAAUGCCUUGUGGAUCCCAGGGAUGGAUCAUGCUGGAAUCGCAACCCAGGUUGUUGUGGAAAAGAAGAUCAUGCGGGAGAGGAAUUUGACUAGACAUGAUAUUGGUCGGGAGAACUUCGUAUCUGAAGUCUGGAAUUGGAAGAAUGAGUAUGGGGGUACUAUACUGAAGCAAUUACGUCGCCUGGGUGCGUCACUUGAUUGGUCUCGUGAGUGCUUUACCAUGGAUGAGAAAAGGUCUAAGGCUGUUACUGAAGCAUUUGUUAGGCUGUCCAAUGAAGGUCUUAUAUACAGGGCUCCACGUAUGGUGCAUUGGGAUUGUGUCUUGCGUACCGCAAUCUCUGAUAUUGAGGUUGAAUACACAGACAUAAAAAAGAAGACACAUUUGAAGGUCCCUGGAUAUGAAGAGCCUGUGGAGUUUGGGGUACUGACAUCAUUUGCUUACCCCUUGGAAGGUGGGCUUGGUGAAAUCGUUGUGGCAACCACCAGAAUUGAAACUAUGCUUGGUGAUACUGCUAUUGCUAUACAUCCUGAAGACAAAAGAUACUGCCACCUUCAUGGGAAAUUUGCUAUUCAUCCAUUCAAUGGAAGAAAGCUUCCAAUAGUUUGUGAUGAAAUACUUGUAGAUAUGAACUUUGGUACUGGUGCUGUUAAGAUAACUCCAGCCCAUGAUCCAAAUGAUUUUGAGUUUGGACAGCGUCACAAACUUGAAUUCAUAAAUAUUUUUACUGAUGAUGGGAAAAUAAAUAGCAACGGGGGUGCAGACUUUGAAGGAAUGCCUCGUUUCAAAGCUCGUGUCGCUGUGGCUGAAGCUUUAAAGGAAAAGGGUCUCUACAGGGAUGUCAAGGAUAACGAGAUGCGCCUUGGGAUUUGUUCAAGAAGCAAUGAUGUAGUGGAACCUCUUGUAAAGCCUCAGUGGUUUGUCAACUGCAAAAGUAUGGCCAAACAGGCUUUGGAUGCUGUGAUGGAUGAUGAUAACCGGAAGAUGGAGAUCAUCCCCAAACAAUAUGCUGCUGAAUGGAAAAGAUGGCUUGAUAAUAUUCGUGAUUGGUGCAUCUCAAGGCAGCUUUGGUGGGGUCAUCGAAUUCCUGCUUGGUAUGUGACACUGCAUGAUGAUAAGCAGAAGGAAUUUGGUGUUUGUGAUGAUCACUGGAUCGUCGCUAGAAAUGCAGAAGAGGCUCGAGAUUUGGCUUGUAGGAAAUUUCCAGGGAAGGCGAUUCUUGAGCUCUCUCAAGAUCCAGAUGUGCUGGAUACCUGGUUUUCAUCUGGUCUUUUUCCAUUAUCUGCACUGGGGUGGCCAGAUGAUACUGCAGAUUUAAAAGUUUUUUAUCCAACGUCCGUUAUUGAAACUGGACAUGAUAUUCUCUUCUUCUGGGUUGCACGUAUGGUGAUGUUGGCGAUAACACUGGGAGGUGAUGUACCAUUUAUGAAGGUUUAUUUGCAUCCAAUGAUCCGUGACGCACAGGGACGUAAGAUGUCCAAAUCAUUGGGAAAUGUUGUUGAUCCUCUUGAAGUUAUUAAUGGAAUUACCCUUGAUAAUCUUCACGAGAGAUUAAAGGAGGGUAACCUGGAUGCCAAAGAAAUUGAGAGUGCAAAAGAGGGACAGGCAAAGGACUUUCCUAAGGGUAUUCCUGAAUGUGGGGCAGAUGCUCUUCGAUUUGCCCUAGUCUCAUAUACUGCUCAGUCUGAUAAAAUCAAUCUGGAUAUCCAGAGAGUUGUUGGGUAUCGUCAGUGGUGUAAUAAACUAUGGAAUGCCGUUAGGUUUGCCUUGAGUAAACUGGGUGAAUAUUACACGCCUCCAACAAAUAUAGUUCCUCGUGAAAUGCCUUUUAUCUGCCAGUGGAUACUCUCAGCACUUAACAAGGCCAUAGCGAAAACUGUCUCAUCCCUGGAAUCUUAUGACUUCUCCGAUGCAGCAACAGCAGUAUAUUCGUUUUGGCAGUUCCAGUUGUGUGAUGUGUUUAUAGAAGUAAUCAAGCCAUACUUUGUUGGUGAUAAUCCAGAAUUUGUAUCUGCAAGAAGAUUUGCUCAAGACACCCUGUGGCUUUGUUUAGAUAACGGGUUGAGAUUACUCCAUCCGUUUAUGCCAUUUGUCUCCGAAGAAUUAUGGCAGCGUCUUCCAGCUAGCGGAAAUUCCAUAAAGAAAGAAUCUAUUGUGAUAAGUGAUUAUCCUGCAACUAUAGAGGGCUGGAAUAAUGAUUGGGUAGAAGCUGGGAUGGAAAAGGUGUUGUCCAUUGUUAAAGGUCUGAGGUCGAAGAGGGCAUUGUUGCCUCCGAAGGAGAGAUUCGCAAGGCGAAAAGCAUUUGUGCUUUGCUGGGCGGAUGAUAAUGUGGAGUUCAUACGAAGCCGCAAAAUGGAGAUUUGCACUCUAGCUGCGUUGUCAUCUUUGCAGGUCUCAAGUAACGGUGAUACAGCUCCGACUGAAUGGCUGAUAGAGGUUGUGGAUGAGUCUGUCACGGUUUUUCUUGAGGGAGAAGGGACUACUUGUGACCCAGUGGCUGAAAUUCAAAGGCUCAUAAAGAAGAGAAAAGACACUAGGAAGCAAUAUGAAAACUUAAACAAAAUGAUGAGUGCCUCUCGCUACAAAUAGAAAGUUCCGCUUAACAUCCAAGAAGACAAUACAGUGAAACUCUGUGUCCUAAGGCAAGAAUUGGAAUCAUUUGAAGAUAAUAUUCGGCGUUUUACACCUCAUAUUGAUCCGCGAGUACUGAAAUUACUGGAAAGAACUCAUAGCGCGCGAUUGGAGGCGCAGGAACGGGAAUCUUUUGAAGGACCUAGUACGUCUCUAUAAUCAAGUUGAGGUACUAUCUAAGUUGCUCCGACAUGGCAAUUUAGGUGCCGCACCCGUGUCGACACGACACUAGUAUGGGUGUGGGUAUGGGAUCUGUACCGGAUUUGGUCAAAUAAUUUUGGGUACUUUGAUCACAACGGACGGAAAUAUUCGACACGAGAUACAAUUUGAUUCCCAAAAUCAGAACCAAAACUAGGAUAAAUUUGAAGAAAAUAGCAUACCUUAUCUAAGAAAUUAAUUCUUUACUUAUCUAUAAUUUGAGAAUAAAAAGAAAUCGACACUUUACAAGAUAUACUUAAAUAUUUCACAAAAUUUAUCAUAAUUUAAAGAUAUUUUUAUAUA